GCACGACCUAAGUACCUAAGGAAUGGAGCGGCGGAACGGGAUGAUGGGGGAAUUGAAGCUUUCCAAGUUGCGGGAGUUAGGCAGCGGCAGAGUAAUCGAUUGAUUUCCUACGCGGCUAAGCCUUUGCACGACGUUCCGCCUCCAGCCCCGCUCAACGCCGCCGUGCGGUGCCGUCAAAGACCGGGCGCGCGCGCCCACCACUCCACGCCGCACUCGCGGACUCUCCCUGUCUGUCGCCCAGGAUGAAAAGAUAUUUUGAUGUUGUGCCCAAAUUUAAAGAAACUCAGAGUACCGGAAGUAGUUCAGGUAUUAAUUCAAACGAUUCGCCAUUAGUAAAUGAAGAAUUGGAUCAAGUAAAUGCAGAAAGUGAAGCUAAUUUGGCUUAUAAUCUACCUGAACAACAUGAGGAUUUUGAAUCUUUGGAAGCUAAUCCUGGAUUGAGAAAAAGAAUUGCUGAUUUUCACCCUAAUGUUCAAGACGAGGUACGUCGUAGUUACAUUCAAAAGGACCGUUUUAACCUCGUGAUCAUGAUUUCCCUUUUAAGGUAAUUGGAGGCAAAAAACGUAGACUUGUUUCAAGUUGGUUUGAUGAGCAUAAAUGGUUGAAUGAUUGCUUAGUUACAUAUGUUGAGAGAGAUGUUUUUGGUACUAUUAGUGAUGAUUCUAUUAUAGAAUACUUCCAACAAAUGAAGCCUAGGAGGGUACAUCUAUAGAAUUGUUGAAUGAUUUUUAUAUGUAAUUUUUUGCUUUGUAAUAUAUUAAUGUUUUGAUGGUGUA